AUGUCUCCUAGCAGCAGCAGCAGCAGCUCGCUGGUACCCGUCGACAACCAAGAUUUACACUCUACAGAAGGCCCCAAGAAGGAUGAUGGCGAGACAGAAGAUGGUAUCAUUGCUGAGCUUGGCUAUGUGGUCGCCUAUCGGAGGGUCUUCCGCUCUCUUGGGAAUAUGUGCAUGGUGCUUGCGUUGACAUCUCCCUUGAGUGCCAUUUUAAUUACCGCAACCUACCAAAUCCAAUAUGCGGGAUACUGGGGUUUAUCAUGGGGAUGGAUUAUCCCAAACGCCCUCCUGUUGCCAGAAGUCCUUGCAAUCGCAGAGCUCGCCUCUUCCAUGCCAGUCAAUGGCUCAUUCUACUGGUGGGCGGGUGCCCUGGCACCGCCCGCCUGGUCUCACGCCGUAUCGUUCAUUACAGGCUGGAUGAAUGUGUUGACCAUGUUCGCCUCCACUGCCACCUUUGCCUACGCCGUUGCCUCAUCCCUCUCCUAUGGCGUCACGAUCGCAUUACCAGACAUGAUCUGGACCAAUGCGCAGGUUAUGGCCCUGUCGCUGGCUGUGGUCCUCAUCUGGAGCGCCAUAAUGACAUUGAGGCUGGAGCGCAUCGCUUUUGUGUAUAUCUCAAUGGCCGUUCUCAUCCUGGUCCAGGCUCUGAUGCUCAUUAUCGGUUUACCAAUCACCCACGCGAUCCAGAAUCGUCCAUUCGCUUCCGCGCAGGCGGUAUUCGGCGAAUAUUUAAACUCGUCCGAUUGGGGACCGGAGGUAGCAGUCCCGUAUUCUUGGUUCUGUGCUCUCUGGGUUAAUUCCGCCUGGAUGGUCCCCGUCUAUGUCUCUGAAGAGACCCAUAAUGCUAGCAAGGAAAUCCCAAAAUCGCUCUUAUACACAUUCGCGGCGACCGCGGCCUCCGGCCUCGUCGUGUGCCUGCUCUUUGCAUUCUGCAUCCCAGACAUGGAGGCUGUGGCGGCAGAUACAUCCGGAUAUCCACUGUUCACCGUAGUCUUUGACCACCUCGGCGAAGCCGCAUCUCUUACCCUCUUCUCCAUUGUCGUCCCCGUCGGCUUCAUCGGCGGCAGCGGCACCCUUCUCACAUACGCGAGCCAGAUCGCCGCCUUUUCUCGCGACGGCGGCUUCCCCUGGCACGAGCGAAUGGCCUACAUCCACCCGCGUCUCAACCUCCCGAUCUACGCCCUCAGUCUCCUCGGAGCGGGAACAUUCCUCGUGCUCAUCAUCGCGCUCUCACCCAAAGCCAGCUCGAUCAUCUACUCCCUAUCCGUUGUCUCCAGCCUGGUCACAUUUAUCAUCCCGAUCUUCUUCCGCAUUGUUGCGGGUAAUCGAUGGGUUCCCGGGCCGUGGAGCCUCGGACGAUGGAGUAUCCCCAUUCAUACCUUGGCUGUUGUCACGCAGCUGUAUCUCAUCAUUAUGGAGUGCUUCCCGCCGGAGCGGGCAUGGACGGCGGAAACGUUUAAUUAUAACUUUGCGCUGACCGUGGGAGCUUUCCUAAUUGCGUGUGGAUUCUACUGGGGCAUGGGGAGGAAGACGUACAGGGGACUAGAUAUGGAGGCGUUGGAGGCGUGGAGAAGAAAUCAUGCGGAUCUUGCUGGUCAUCCUGGGUGA